AUGCUUUUCCUUUAUAAACGCAUACAUACUCUUAACAUUAUUCUUAAAAAUAUAUGUAAAAGCGAAAAUCACCUUUUGCACUCCUCCUAUUUGACCAUUAAGAGAAUAGAAAAAAGAGCAUAUACAAAUAAUGUAAAAAGAAGAACAGACGAUUAUAUUUUGAAUGUACUAGAGAACUAUGGUGUUGGUUUAAACAAGAUAGGUAAUUUUAUUGUUGUUAAAGAAGAUAUGAAUUUAUUAUAUGAGAGAAUUAUAUUGAAUCCUGUGAAUUAUGAAAGAGUUAUUGAAUUUAUACAAAUGUUAGAGAAGAAUAAUUUACGUCAGGAUUUCGAUAUAUAUUAUUAUGAAGAUUGUUUAAGGAAUAUAAAAUUAAAUAGAGAUCAAAAUAAAAAAGAGAUCUUUAUAAAUAUAAAGGAAAUAUUAGAGAAGGGGAAAAAAAUAAAAAAUGAUGAAAAAAAAAAUUAUCUGGAAAAACAAAAUAUUCAAUCAUUAUAUUAUUAUAAUAUACAAAGAUAUCAACAUAAUAAAGACCCAUCAUCUUUUUUAAUAGAUAGAAGAAGAUUAACUAAAGAAGAAUAUAUAUAUCAAUUUAUAUCAAGCAUAUUACCAUAUAUAUGUUUUUCUUUCAUGUUAUUUUUCCCACAUAUAUUAAUAUGUUUAUAUAUACCAUAUAUUAAAAAGAAAAAUGAAAAACAAAAAGAAUUAUGUAAAAUUUUACAAUUAAAACAAAGUAUACAUUCUUUUAAAGAUAUAAAACCAGAAAACAUAUUACAAAUUAUUGAUAAUAAUGUAAAAACUGUAGUGUUCUUUUAUAAUCAUAAUAUAUUCCUAAAUAUGUAUAUAAAAUCAUUAAUGGUAGAUUUAUCUAAAAUUUUCAAAUAUAAUUCUAUACCCGUGAAUAUUGUGGGCAUUGAUGUGUCAAAAUAUAAUAUACAAUUUAAUGUUUUAAAAGAUUUUAAUCAUAAUUUAUUUCCUCUCCUUUAUUUUAUUUUGCCUUAUCAUUAUGACAAUGAUAGUGCUGUUUUAAAAAUUGAAGAACCAUUAACAACGGAAAAUAUUCUUUUGCAGCUCAUGGAUUUUGUGCAUAUUCCCAAAGGUACAUUCGAUCAAAUAAAGGACUUAAAUAGGAUUAGUAGUAAACUAAAAAAAUGUAUAUUUGAACAUGAUAUUAUGAACAAGAAUAAAGGAGAUAUUCUUUACGAUUAUGGUUGUGAAGUUGCACAUUUAUCUUGUUUAAAGAAUAAUAACAAAUUAUCUUUUUAUUAA